CUAACCAGUAGUUGACAACGGCAUCAAAAUAUUAAUUCUUAAUACCUACUUUUGUGCACUUCGACAUUAUUUGUUGUAAAUUGUACUUUCUUUUUCACUUCAAUUUAACUAACAACAACGGCAGCCACAAUGAAUUGUGUUCAGAUCUGUUUGAUGUUGGCUACGAGUGGCUUGGUGCUGGUUUCGGCCAACCCGGGAGGAUCAUACAACUACGCAUACAACUCGAACGAUGCAGCCACCGGGGAAAUCCGUGAGACCAAAGCCUGCAAUGACCAGGUGGUAUAUGACGACCAACCGACAAUUGUGGCCUCCAAAAACUUUGUCUCCGAACCCAUCAUCGCAUCGGUGACCUCAGGACCGAUCAUUAACACUGAAUUUGUUUCCUCGACUCCAGCAUCAAUCUUGCGUUCUGAUUUCGAUUCUUUCCGGAUCGUGGCCGCCGCCCCACUGUUGGAAACAAAAAUCGCCGCUGAAUCACUGACGCACGUUUCUCGUCCCGCAUACGCCCCUCUUCCCAAGUACUCCGCACCGAUCACCGUUACCGCCGCUCCGAUGUUGGAAACUAGAAUUGCAGCUGAGCCACUGAUGUAUGCUCCUCUUCCCAAGUACUCCGCACCGAUCACCGUUACCGCCGCUCCGAU